AUACUAUGUUGUGCUGCAUCCACUCCAAGCUAGAUCUUUUGUGACAAUGGGAAGAGCUAAAAGGGUCAUAGCUGCCUUAUGGUUAGCUUCGUGUGUUUUUUCAUGUCCCGCAUUAUUUAGUAAGAAAUUAACCGUUCACUACUGGGAGGAUGAGCUCGAACCUUAUUCAAAAACCUGUAGCAAUGGUUGGCCCAAUGAGACCGUUUCCAUAGUCUACUCUGUCUACCUGUUUCUUCUAAUGUUCUUCGUUCCUCUAUUGAUCGUCUCAUAUGCCUAUAUGAUGAUAGCAUGUCAUCUUAAUAGUACCAGAGAACGAUCGGGAGAGUCCAACGGUUCACCUUUCAGCAGACCGGUUCUCCCAAGAUAUCGGGUAUGGUAUCGGAAUACAUCGGGGUGGUCCAGUGGUUCAUCAUUCGUUCGGAGAGGUGAAGCUGCAAGCCAGUCCAAUGGUGUUACCAUCGAUGACGAUACGACGGAAGCAGAUGCCUUACGUUCUGAACCUUGUAGGAUGAGUAACCUGAACGAUUCACCGGCUCCAAGAAGGCAUCGUGGCACCAGUGAAGGCGAUAAGAUACAGAGGGUAAUAACAAUGUUGGCAAUAGUGGUGGCGCUGUUCAUCCUGAGUUGGGGUCCCCUGCUGACAUACACCUUGAUCUAUCGGUUCAUUGAGGACAUCCCCUACAACGUACACGCUCUCCUCAGCCUCUUCCUUCACCUACUAGCAGCCUGUAACAGCUGCAUCAACCCCAUCAUCUACGCGUUCCUCUCCAAGAACUUUCGUCAAAGUUUCAAACAGACGAUCACAUGUCACACACACAAACGUCGGCGUUCUAAACGUAGGAGACUGGGCAUGCGCAUUAAAGGGGUUAACCAAAGAGCAUUUGAACUAAAUGACGAAAAAGCCUUUUCUCGCGUGUUCAUGGACAAAACUUGCAGGACUAAAGAUGUGAUCACAGAAGAGGUAUCAACGUCACGGCCUCGUACGACCAGCUUCCAACUUCAUAUGUUUGACUGACACUUCUUCCAAAAGGACGCUGAUUUUUUUUUUAUAGAUAUAUAAUAUUAACAGAGACGGGUCCUCUUGAAGAUUGAGAUGACGUCUUUUAUAUUUUAUUACAACGCUUAGACCCUAAAAAUGAAAAGGAUUCUAGAUCUGCUGACAAAUGGAGCGGGAACAAGGAGAAAAGACUGAAAAAGGGAGCUGUAUGAAUCAACAUAAUGUGUUGAGCUUAUGGGUGUUUCUAUCACUAUCAUAAGUAAUCUAUUUCUAUAUUACCAAUCUUCUUCUUUUUAAGAGAAACUUUCAGCGCCGAUAAUUUGAAUUUAUUUCCAUCAAAAUGAAGUAACAGUACAAUAAAAAUAAAAUAAUGCACAUGUGAUGUCACAUGGUGCUACUGGGCUAUCAAUGGGCCCUCAUUCAGGAGUGGUGAAAGAAUGAAAGAUGUCGCAUUGUAUUUGGUUUAAAAUCAUUAAUGCACAAUGGCGUAAGCUGGGAUGCACUGUGUGCACGUGAGGCAGAGUAGUUCCGCCAUUGGCAAAACGAAAUUCGUAACCUUUCUUCUGCUUUCAACAGCUCAUUUCCAAACUUUAUUUCCACCUCCCCAAGAUGUGCAUCCCCCCAUACCACUUUAGUUCCACCUCCCCAGGAUAUGCACUUCCCCAUGCUCAAACCAGCCUACGCCCUUGAAUGCCUGAAUUUACCAACGAGAGGAAAAAAAUUUCAAUCAGUUUAGAGAGAGAUUGUGAUAUCCUAGUCCCUAGUAUGCCCUAUUUUGUUGUAAAUUUUAAGACUCUUACCUGUUUUGGUAAAUGUGUUAUAUGAUAAAAACAUGAGCAUUUCGUUUGAAAGCGUAUUUUUCAAAUUCGAUACAAUAAAACAAUACAAGGACAUAAAACAGGCAGAGGAUAGGACCUAUUAGGUGGACAUGUUAACACCCCCCUCCCCUUCCCACUCAAAAGGAAUUGUUCGAGAAAUACUUGACAUGAAUUUAUGACUGUAUUUUUUAAAGCUAAUCUCAUUAUGUUAUUAUACCUAUUCCUCUCUUACUACUAAAAACUAUAACUGCUGCUAUCACUAUUACUAGUACUAAUAUUACUACUACAACUACUAUUACUAUUUCUUUUUCUCAUGCUAAUCAUACUUGCUUAUACCGCUAAACAUAAGCUUAAUGAGCAGUCUCUAAGCAGUCAGCACACUUGCUGAAGAAAAUCACCCCAAGGCUGGGAUUUGAACCCAUGACCUUCUAUUUUAAUAUCUGAAGACUAAUCCACUAGGGCCACAACGCUCCACCACCACCACAACCACCAUUACUACAUGUACUACUACUAGUACUACUACUACUACUACUAUUGCUGCUGCUAAUACUACUAUCACUACUACUACUACGACUAUUGCUGCUGCUACUACUACUACUACUACUGUACUACUACUACUACUACUACUACUUCUACUACUACUACUUCUUCUACUACUAUUACUACUACUACUACUACUACUACUACUACUACUACUAUUACUACUACUACUACUAAUACCACUAUUACUACUACUAAUACCAACACUACUUCUAAUUUACUUUUACUUUACUACUACUAUGUAUUAUGUAUAGUAUAAUCAUAUGUCUUUACGUUUCUUUACCCCCCCCCCCCCCCUCCCUUCAACACAAAUCAUGAUGCCUACUAAUUCUAUGAAAUCCUAUUAUGUUUGGAGUAGUGUGAAAAUGAGGUCUACUGCCUGACAGAGAUAUUAUGUUGUCUUUCGUCAGAUGUAAUAAAUGAAUGUUUUAAUAAAAUCA